AGCAAUGAAUAGUCAACUCUGAAAAUGAAUUAAAUGAAAAAUAUGUGCAGAACAGUAGAGUAGUCAUACAGUUGAUGUAUUUGGUAAAUAGUGUGUAAAAGACAGUAGCGCCUAUAUUCGGUGAAAAGUGGAGCGGCUCCUUUAAACGCCAUUGGGUGGAGCUCUCCAGGAAGUGAAGUGAAUUGAACUGAACCGAAGUGAAGUGUGUGAACAGAUACAUUCUGAACUGAUCUAAACUGAACCGCACUCAACUGCUGCAAAAACCAGCACUCGCGCAAUAACACACACAUUAACACACACUGUGACUCUCACACUCGCGCACCCACCCAUUCACCGUCUCACACAAGACUCUCACCCACGGCCAGCUGAGCGAACGCAACAGAGGGUGCCUCCCAGGCCGAACCGCUGGAGCACCGCAGGCCUGAGGCCCGAGGCCCGAGGCCCGGAGUCAUGGUGAAGAAUGUUCCGGAAGGUCAAGAAGCGUCACAGCAGCAGCAGCUCCCAGAGCAGUGAGAUCAGCACCAAGAGCAAGUCUGUAGACUCCAGCCUGGGUGGUCUGUCCAGGUCCAGCACAGUUGCCAGUCUGGACACAGACUCCACUAAGAGCUCAGGUAACAGUAGCUCAGAUGCCUGCGUCGAGUUCCGAGUGAAGUAUGUGGGGGCAAUCGAGAACCUGCAUUUCGAUAUGUGCAAAACACUCCUGGAACCUUUGGAUCUGAUAAACUACAUCGAUGCUGCACAGCAAGACGGAAAGUUGCCGUUUGUGCCAGCGGAGGAGGAGAUGGUACUGGUGGUCUCCAAGCAUGGGAUUAAAGUGGCCUCUGUGGAUCAGUGUGACGUUCUGCACCGCCACCCCCUCUACUUGAUAGUUUGCAUGCUGUGCUACGAUGACGGACUGGGGGCUGGGAAGAAUCUGCUGGCGUUGAAGACGACAGAUGUGGAGCAGCAGGAGUGCAACAUCUGGGUGUACCAGUGCAGCAGUGCGGAGCAUGCACAGGCCAUUUGCAAGGUGCUGUCUGCAUCCUUCGACUCUGUUCUGGCGUCGGAGAAGCCCUGAUGUCCUCUCUAAGGAACGGUACAGGAAGAGAGGCAUUGCUAGCAGUCUGGAACAUUGUUUACGUGCUUGCUUUGCCACCAUUCCCGCAC